AUGGAGGAGCUGAUGAUGGCGAAUGCCGCCAACGGCUGCCCGCUCACCCCUCUGGGCUUCCUCGAGCGCGCCGCCACCGUCUACGGCGAUUGCCCCUCCGUCGUGUACAACGACACCGUCUACACCUGGUCGCAGACCCUCGAGCGAUGCCUCCGCCUCGCAUCCGCCCUCUGCGAUCUGGGCGUCUCUCCCGGCGACGUGGUGGGUCUUGGGUGGAUUUGAGUUCUUAAUCUCUUCACACUAGGCAGCGGGAAUUCCAUCGGCGGAUGACGUCUCGUUUAUCUAUGGGGAUUUCCUGUGCAGGUCUCGGUGGUGUCGCCCAACAUCCCGGCGAUGUACGAGUUGCACUUCGGCGUGCCCAUGGCCGGCGCCGUGCUGAACAGCGUCAACCUCCGGCUUGACGCGCGCACCAUCUCCGUUCUCCUCCGCCACGCCGAAUCGAGGUUCGUCUUCGUGGACGGCGAGUCUCGGUCAGUCAUCGACGACGCAGUCUCCCGAUUCGGCCCCGGUGACAGGAAGCCCCUUCUGAUCCCCAUCGACGACGGAGCAGCGGCGGCGCAGGAGGGCCUCACGUACGAGAGCUUGAUCAGGAAGGGUGACCCCCAAUUCCGGUGGGUCCGGCCGAAGAGCGACUGGACGCCGAUGGUUCUGAACUACACCUCGGGAACCACCUCCGACCCCAAGGGGGUAGUCCACUGCCACCGCGGCAUCUUCCUCAUCACCGUGGAUUCGCUCCUCAACUGGUCCGUCCCCUGUCGCCCCGUGUACCUCUGGACCCUCCCCAUGUUCCACGCGAACGGGUGGAGCUUCCCUUGGGGUAUGGCUGCCGCCGGUGGCACCAACGUCUGCCUCCGCAAGUUCGACGCGGCAACGGUCUACGGCGCCAUCAGGCGGCACGGCGUCACCCACAUGUGCGGCGCCCCCGUCGUCCUCAACAUGCUCGCCAAUUCCCCCGACGACAGCCGCGGGAAGGCGGGGGAGCCCCUGCUCCCCCCGGGAAGGCGGCGGGUCGAGAUUCUCACCGCCGGAGCGCCGCCCCCGGCGGCGGUGCUGUCCCGCACGGAGGCCCUGGGCUUCUCCGUGAGCCACGGGUACGGCCUGACGGAGACGGCGGGGCUCGUCAUCUCCUGCGCGUGGAAGGAGGAGUGGGACAGGUUCCCGGCGAGUGACCGGGCCAGGCUCAAGGCCCGCCAAGGGGUGAGGACCCUGGCGAUGGCCGAUGUGGACGUGGUGGACGCCGACACAGGGGAGAGCGUCGCGAGGGACGGCAAAACCUUGGGGGAGAUCGUCCUCAGGGGCGGCUGCCUCAUGCUGGGCUACCUCAAGGACCCCGUGGGGACGGCGAAGAGUGUCCGCCGCAACGGGUGGUUCUACACCGGCGACGUGGGGGUGAUGCACCCGGACGGGUACCUGGAGAUCAAGGACCGAUCCAAGGAUGUGAUCAUCAGCGGCGGCGAGAACAUGAGCAGCGUGGAGGUGGAGUCGGUGCUGUACACGCACCCGGGAGUGUACGAGGCGGCGGUGGUGGCCCGCCCCGACGAGCUCUGGGGGGAGACGCCCUGCGCGUUCGUGAGCCUCAAGGCCGGCGGCGGCGCCCGCCGGCCCACGGAGGAGGAGAUCGUCGCCCACUGCAGGGAGAGGCUGCCGCGCUUCAUGGUCCCCAAGACGGUGGUCUUCAAGGAGGAGCUCCCCAGGACCUCCACGGGGAAGAUACAGAAGUACCUUCUCCGGGAGAUGGCCCGCGCGCUGGCGCCUCCCCCCCUUCCCCAGCCGAGUUCCCGGAUGUAG